GUUAAUUUUGGUGAUACUACUUUACACGGAAACUAUCCACUUCUGUGAAAAACAAUGCCAAAGUCGGUCGCUUCAUGAAUCUUUCCUUUUCGAAUCAAAUACAAAUAGGUAAGAGUCUUCCUUUAAAGUCCCUUCUUUUGUGUCAUCUUCCAAUUCUUCUUUGAAAACGAAAUCAUAUCCAUCUUUUCUAAUCAUCUUUGAGUGCCCAAGUUUGAAGUCUUUGUUUAUAGAAGUUAUAAAGGUAUCCUAAAUCUCGAGUUUUUAGGUUGAUUAAAAAUUAGGGCUUUUCUUGGUCACGUCUCUCUAUUAUAUAUAUAUAGAUAGAUUUUAGACCCUAAACAAUUUACUCAAUCACAAUUCUUAAUCUCGUUUAAACCCUAAAAAUCCCUUCUUGAACAUACAUGGAGGCUGAAGGUGAUAAUAGCCCCGUCGUGAACAUGGAGGCUGAUGGUGAUACUAGCACUCCUGCUCGGAUGGCGAAACUGAAGAUCGCCGGAGCAUGGUCAGGUGUGUUAGAAGUUGAUUUACGGGAAUGGACUGUUAUGAUGCUGAGGGAAGAGAUUGCUAAGCGAUCAGGAUCAUCUCUUGCACCGAAUUCAAUCAAUCUUAUCUGUGGUGGUAAAGUUAUGAAAGAUGAGGAAAAUCAGAGUCAACCCAAAUUGAGCGAAUUAGGUUUUAUUAAAAACAAUUCUAAGAUUCUUGCUUCUCGGAUCUCUGUAUCCGACAACGUUGAAGAAGAUCCUCGUACUUCAUUCAAGAAAGAGGAGGAACGGGCGACUACACUUGCUAGAAUUAAAGACGCUGCUGUAUCAUUGGCAAGGAGACAUGCUGAUGGUUCGUUGCCAGUCGAGAAUUUUAAUAUAGAACUGGAGAAUCAGAAUGGAGAGACGUUUCAAUUGGGUUCUGAGACUGAUAGGCAAGGGUUGAUGAUGGGGCUGAUGCUGCACACGAAUGGGAAACAUUUGAUUAAGCAACAAAAGUAUAGGGAUGCUCUAGACGUGCUUAACAUGGGGGAGGAGUCUUUUGCGCUGUGUGAUUCGGCGGUGACUGAGAUGAUUGACAAUGUGCCAAUACUGCAGAUUGAUAUGGUUUGGUGCUACUUUAUGCUAAGAGAUAUCAAGUGGCUUUCCAUGGCGGGUGUGAGGCUUGAAAAAGCUAGAAAAGGGUUGGAACGAUCACAUGGGAAGGACUCGUCUAGAGCUAGAGUCCUUCAGGGAGGUGCUCAGCCUGAGGUUGCUUUGUACCUGCGACUCGAGCUCUUGGAAGGUGUCGUGGCUUAUCACAGUGGCCAGACUGAAAAGGCAUUAAAGUCAUUGAACUCUGCACAAGCUAAAUAUAUUCAGCUUCAGGUGCCAGAUGAAGCUUUAUCAAUGCUUAUGAGUAUGGGCUAUGGGGAAAAAGAGGCAAAGAGAGCACUUAGAAUGAAUAAUCAGAACAUUGAGAGAGCUGCUGGGUUCCUAGUUGAGGAGUACGAAAGGGAUGCACGGAGAAGGGAAGAAGAUAUUCGCCGUGAAAAAGAGAUUAGGGAGCAGAAAAAAUAUGGAGUUACUGCUCUUAAGAAGGCUGUGGAUCUGCAAAGAUUGGAUGAGUUGGUUUCCAUUGGGUUUGAGAAGGAACUUGCUGCAGAAGCACUUAGGAGGAACGAAAACGAUUUUCAAAUGGCCUUGGACGAACUAACGAAUCCAGAAAAAUUUACUGCUAUACAGGUUCUUGUGGCUUCAAAGAAGAGGAAAAGGCUUGGUGAACAUCUUGUGAGAAUGGGGUUUGAUAGAUCAAGAGUGGUUGAAGCUCUGCGGAACUCAGUAACAAAAGAGGAGGCACUGAAUAUAUUAACUAGUCAAGCACCUGGUAAUGCUAGCACAGAUUCUGCUCCUCCGACGCAAUUGCACAACAAUGAAGGAUCAUCGUCUGAUUUGAACAACGUUGAUGCAACAGGAGGUAGUUCUUCGAGUGGCGUCAAUGAGAAUACAGAAGAGAUUAGGGAUGUUGAGAUGGAACAUGUGCUUGCACACGAACUAACAGGAGAUCCCUACGAAGACUAUGAUAUUGAGGUUACAAAAGAAGGUGAAGCUGUUACUGAGUACUUGGCUUUACUGGCUUCUGCAUCCACACCUGUUGUUUAAGAAGACUGUUUCAUAUGUCUUUUGCAGUAGUCCAUAUGGUAGUAAGUAAAUAGUUAUAUAUAGAAAUUUCUAGUAAUUUUCAGUUGAGUAGGAUAGUUUUUGUGAAAUCAUGUUAAGCUUGAUACUGAUGGAUUUAUGGUUAAUGUCAACACUUUUUUGUCAAGACUUAUUAUCUAAGCCAAUACUGUUAUAUAAGAACUUCUCUGCUGCAAA